CUCUCUCUCUCUCCUUCUAGGAUAAGAUCUCAUCUGAUACAGAGUGGCCCCCACUUCUUAUAAAUAAACCUAAAAAAUCCGAAAUUAAGAGAAACACCCAGUUGUUCUUUCUGAAUUUGAGGACUUGGGUUGGUCUUGUUUCUUGCAAAUCAAUCACAACCCAAUUCUGUUUCUCAUAGCCAGAACUUGGGUAGCUCUCCAUUCUCUGAUUCGAUAGCUUGUGAUUUGCUUUUCCUGGCCACAAAUUUUCUGUGGUGGAUCAAAAGCUUUUAUUUUGGUGUAUCGGACCAUUGGAGCCCGUGAGAUGUUUGUGAUGUGUUUGCAGGGUCAGCAGUUGGGUUGAAUGCUUGUAUUGAAUUCUAUACUAAUUCAACAAUUUGGAGUAGAAGAAUACCUUUAGCUUUGUUGCUCUGCUGCUACCAGAUUCUCGAGAAAAACUUAGUUGCAACGAGAUAGCACUGCUAUCCCCGACCAAUAAUGCUAUGCCACGUGGAAAUGUUAUCAUGCAUGUCAUAGCGUUAUUGGCCGGGGUUGCUAUCCCCCAUUCAUGGAAGCCUUUCUCCUGCUGCUCAGGUUCUUCAUGCUUAUAGGAUUUCCAUUUGUAUGGACUAUCUUUAUUCAUCAACUCAAGUGAGGUGGAAGGAUUUAAUUGAGGAAAAGUGAACCAUUGAGGAUCAUGGGUAAUUUUUAUGAGGCAUCAAAUGGCCAUGGGCCAACUGAUAAUGGCCAAAUGGUUGUGAGGCAAUCCAACUACCAAACCUGCAUCAAGGUAUCACUGCCCUGGCUUGAUGUAAGAGUCUUUUAUGUUAGAAUUAGCAAAUACGAGAUCGAUGAUUCUGCUCCAGAAUUCCUCACAGUAAAUCAUAUUCCAUUGGAUCCUGAUACCCUUCUUGAAGUCAAUGGUGUUAGAACUAGCAUCAAUUCAGAUGGGGCAACAACCCUUCUUCGAAGGGACCGGUUAGAUAAGAAGUCUGAAGAAGCUACAUUUGUGAGCACUGACAGUAUAAGAAUGACUGGAAGUGUAAAGUUUGAGGUUUUCGAUAAAGAUGUUGUUGUGCUAUCUGGGGUUUUAGAAUUGUGUAAUAGUAAUGGUUUCAAUGCAGAAACAGAUCACCAUGGCCAGAGAUGGAGCAUGAAUUGUGAAUCUGAUAUAAGUGCAAGCAGUGGCUUCUUUAAAGGAAAGCAAUUUACCGGUGCAGAAUCUGCUUCACCUUCGAUUGAGGUAUACAUCGCGGGGUCCUUCUCGGGCACUCCAAUAAUUUUAACAAAGACUUUGCAGCUUGGCCUUUGGAAGAAGCAUGUGAGGAAACGGUUGUUGGAUUCCAUACCAGAGUAUGAGGCAACUGAAAACCAGAGGAACAAUCCUUCUAGAUUUGAUUUUCAGGAGUCGGAAUACUCAUAUUACAAACCAGAAAAUGGAGAAAACAACAUGUACUGGGGGACAGCAUAUGUAGAAGGUGAAGAUGGAGAGCUUUCAUGGUUCAAUGCUGGUGUGAGAGUGGGUGUUGGGAUUGGCUUGAGCAUGUGUGUCGGGGUUGGCAUUGGAGUCGGGUUGCUCAUACGAACCUACCAAGGCACCACCCGGAACUUUAGAAGGCAGCUACUGUAAUAUAAAUUUCCAAAUAUUUUCAUUUUAGCUACAAUCCAAUGCCAGAUAAGUAUUAAGUGGUUUCUCACAUAUCCCUUUUUGGAUCAAGGUUCAUGUCUUAUCUGAAAUAAUGGAGUGAUUUGUUUCAAAUGUAAACAUACCAUAAAGGCAACAGGUUCCCAAAACCUGUUUCUGAGUUGAUAAGAGUGGAUUUUUGGCUGAA